AUGACAACCGAGCUGAGUAGUCAGCAGGAGUAUUUGAAACUUAAAGCAAGAUAUGAAGCCCUGCAACGAUCACAAAGGAAUCUUCUGGGAGAGGAUCUUGGUCCCCUAAACAGUAAGGAGCUUGAGACACUAGAAAGGCAGCUUGAUUCCUCGUUGAAGCAGAUCAGAUCAACAAGGGUACAUGACCUUUCCACUAUAAUUUCAUUUUAG